UGUUGUGAAACGGGUGAUGAUAGUCCAGGGUUCUCCUUUGCCGGGCCUACGGCAUGUCAUGAAGCGGUCGGCUAAACUUCUACUGCUGGUCCUUCUGGUAUGGAUGCUGCUCUUCUUUGCUUUAUUUUCCUACUUCACUGACUCACAGGUGAACCUGCCCCAUAGGAUGACUUCCGUCUUCAACUCUGAAUCUCAACACUCAACCCAUGUUCAGAGAAGUUCUAGGGCCAUCAUGGCAUCCCAUAAUGCCCCCUGGGGUAUGUUUGCGGAGAGGAGGGGUCCUUUCCAGCACGUGUUUCAACCUCCUCGUGUUAUAAAAGAGUUUCAUUUCAGGAAUUUUGGCAAACGUCGGACAGAGUUUAGGAAGAAUGUGAUGAAGCCUCCUGAAACUGAAUUUUCCAACACCUGGUCGGUGGUCCGUGGUCUGUGGAAGGGACAGGUGUCCUCCAAAUUGCUAGGCCAACGACUACAGCGAGCCAAGAAGAACUAUGUUCUCUCUAACAAGUACAAAGUUCUCUAUAAAGGCCAGCGUAAAGCAAACAAGGGUAGGCAGGAGAUACUGUGUCAGAUAAAAGAGCAAGCUCAGCUCAUGACUCUGAAUAGCUCUGAACAACCCUUCGCUCAUCUAGGUUUUCAACAGCUGGUUCCUCCUCAACUGCAGCAGGCAUACAGGACAUGUGCCGUGGUGACUUCGGCCGGGGCAAUUCUUAACUCAUCACUGGGGCGUGAAAUUGAUUCUCAUGAUGCAGUUCUGCGUUUUAAUGCUGCACCCUCCAAGGGCUAUGAAAAAGAUGUGGGCAGCAAGACAACCAUUCGAAUCAUAAACUCUCAGAUUCUAGCAAACCCCCAACACAGAUUCAACAGCAGUUUGAUCUAUAAGAACAUUACCUUGGUAGCCUGGGAUCCGGCUCCUUAUAAAAUUGACCUGCAUAAGUGGUACCAGAAUCCCGAACAUGACCUUUUUAAUCCAUACAUAACUCACAGGAAGAACUUCCCUGAGCAGCCCUUUUAUAUCCUGCAUCCUUCAUUUAUCUGGAAACUUUGGGAUAUUGUGCAAAGCAACACACUGGAAAACAUUCAACCCAACCCUCCUUCCUCAGGAUUUAUAGGUAUCGUCCUGAUGAUGAACCUUUGUGAGGAGGUCCAUGUGUACGAGUACAUUCCUUCUAUGAGAAAAACUGAUCUGUGCCAUUACCAUGAGAAGUAUUACGAUGCAGCCUGCACAUUUGGGGCAUACCACCCUCUGCUUUAUGAGAAACUGCUUGUUAAGAACAUGAGCACAGCUUUUGAGGAGGACCUCAAGAAAAAGGGAAAGGUCACACUGCCAGGAUUCAGUAAGAUCAACUGUCCACUGUGAUUUAAAGGGCCCCUAUUAUGCUAUUUUAAAGUUUCCUUA